AGCGAACAUAGUCGCAUCAAAUUUUUGCGUUCGCACUCUUAGCCCGUGUUUUGUGUUGUUUUUCCCCAUCCAGCCUACCAACAAAUCGAUAUGACAGCUUACACCGAGGAUCAGUUGGCUGAGUUCCAGGAGGCCUUCAAUCUGUUUGACAAUCGCGGCGAUGGAAAAAUUCAGCUGGCCCAAGUGGGCGAAUGCCUGCGAGCCCUCGGCCAGAAUCCCACCGAGUCGGACGUGAAGAAGUGCACGCACCAGCUGAAGCCAGACGAGCGCAUCUCGUUCGAAGUGUUUCUGCCCAUCUACCAGGCCAUAUCGAAGGCCCGCUCCGGGGACACGGCCGAUGACUUCAUCGAGGGACUGCGUCACUUUGACAAGGACGCCAGUGGCUACAUCUCGUCCGCCGAGCUGCGGCAUCUUCUGACCACGCUGGGCGAGAAGCUCACCGACGAGGAGGUGGAACAGUUGCUGGCCAACAUGGAGGACCAGCAGGGCAACAUCAACUACGAGGAGUUUGUCCGCAUGGUCAUGAGCGGCUAGGGCUUGGCAGGGUCCCAUCCCCAAAAACCUCGACGAGAACAAGCAGCAUCCACACAAAACAAAAAAAAAAAACAGUAGCAACAAUAACACUAUACACCUGCCAAUCUGUCGGCUAUCACAGCCGAUAGCCGACAUGUAGUUCAUUCCGCCAGAAUAUUAAACUCCGAAAUUCCAAUUUUCGUAUUCCUAUGCCCCAUGUCCUUUGUCCAUCAAAGGACUAUCAUAAUUAAUAUUCCAACGAAAGACAAAACAACUGAACACAACGACCAACGAUGGAACCAGAGCGAGAGAGAGAGAGUUGGAGCAGCAGGCAGGAGACCAGGGCAGCUCUACCGCCCCGCCCCGCCCCGUCCCGCCCCAAACAGAACUAACCAUCGACGUAGCAGAGCAACACACAGACACACUACUAAACUCUUGAAUAACGAUUAAUCAAUCCAGUAGACAUCAUAAUGGCCGCAGGAAUAACUUGUGCGUAUUAUUCUGAAGAAAUAAGAGAAAUUUGAACAGUAAUUAAACCCGAUAUUCCGGCGUUUCUUUUUUACCGCAUACUCUAAUCUUAAAAAACAUGUUAUACAAUAUAUACUACUAAAUAUUUAGGACUGGAAUCAGGAAUGGAAUACAUACCUAUGUCCACUGCAGCAAGAGUAUCAUGAAAAGUAUUUAUAAACUAAACUGAAUCGGAUGGUUAGCGUAUGAUGUUUGUUUGAAUUUAAAUGCGCAUUUCAAACUUUUACAUGUUUUUUUUAAUAAUUUAAUAUUUGUAUUUAAUAAAAAAAAGAAAAACAAACAAAGAGCGAGUGAGCGUAGGUUAUUUUUACAAGAGAAAAAGAAAACGUACUUAAAACUAAAUUAAACCAAUUGAAACCGUA